CUAGGACAUACUAUGAAGCACCGUGAACAAGUCGCAGCUGAUGGUUUGAACAAGUCUAUAGCUGCAUGUGAAGCUGUCGUGGAAGUGAAGUUAUGGCUGUUGUGGGAGGUAGACGGUGACGUAGAGGUAGAAGAGGUAUUCGUGGUCUGUGGGCAACAGGACUAGGAGGAGACCCAAGUCUGAAGAGACCUUAUCUCUGUCGCCAAAGAAUUAUUUCUUAUUUUUUCCUCCCAUUCUUUUUCUUAGAGAAAGACGCAAGAUGAUCUCGAACUUAUCAAUAUCAACAUGGUAAACUUAGUUAAUAUUUGGAGCACUUGGAUAUGGACAGCGACAGUAGUCUUGAACAGAUAGUGAAAAGAACAAAAGUUUCAGAAGAAGAUUAAGAUAGUACUACCAAUAAAUUUAAAUACCAUGUUCAUCUACUUGACUCAGGGGUCGGAAACAAAGGCGUAAUCAGCAAAGCAGCAAAAGAAGGACCUACAAUACGAGCUUUCUCCUCGUCUCGGUCUAAUCGGUAAAGAAGUGCCACGUCUCGCAUAGUCGUUGAGUGAAGAACCACUAUCUAAGCGUGUAUUAUUGCGCUAAUAUCGGUAACAUGAAUGUCAUUGUCAUGAGUAACCUGAACGUAGGUCGUCUCUACUCUUCGGUAGGUUUUGGAAUUGGACCCAAUAAAAAUUAAUAUGUUGGACUCAGCAUUUUCGAAUUCGACAUCUGUAGCAUGCCAUUGCCUCAUAUACCCCGUUCCCACCUGCUGCUUACGCCUAUAGAUACACAUUGACGAGAUGAUGAAUCAUCUAAAGUUUCACCUUGAGCCAGUUCUACUUACCACUGAAUCCAGGUCAUUUCACAAAAGUCGAAAGUAGUAGGAAUAGAAAACGACUACAACAACUAUGUAUCAUGCGCUCGUGACGAGCAUGAUGCUGGCUCGUUUUUCGGUUGUGAUCGCAGCUUGUAUGGUCAGCACUGCAUCUGCAGAUAGUGCUGCGACCGAUCAUCCAGGUAGCACCUCCACGCUUCUACAACUUGAAGAGGUGAGCAAACGCAGAGGGGAGCAAGAAGGACAAGAUCAUGGAGAGGAGUUCCUCGAAGAUAUCGAUAGUCCUGUUUUCAAGAAGGUCGAGAGGACAGAGACGUCGAGGAGAAGUGGGUUGAGCCGUGACAGAGGUCGCGCACAUGGCACAACCUUGCAACUCUUGCUACAACAGAAUGAUAAGAAGAUUGAUCACGAGCUUACCAUUCUGGGUUUGGGGUGGAUUGCUUAUGUGAGUCUGGUUUGCGCGCUAGGUUGUCUUGGAGGCUGCUGCCAUGGAUUUUUCUUGUCCUACAAGCAGACGAAGUUGUCCUCGGUGCCUGCACACUUGUCUCCUGUUCGCGGACGCGCGGGAGGCGAUGCUGGGACAGCUUCCAGCUCAAGAGAAUUCUUCUCGAGGAGGACAGCUUGAGGAGGAGAAAAGGGAAGAGAUUUUGUAGCGAGGUGGACAGGAGCCUGAGGAGGAGAAAACGGAUCAUUCGUGUCCACCAUAGCUCCACCAAAGUCAAAGAAAUGUCAAGAAAACGACGUCGAUAAAGUCCACCCCUAGACGUCACCUCCACUUUCAAAAAAAACCCGAUUUUUAUACCUCCAGAGAACGAAG